AAGAGAGGAAAGCAAACCGGGGAAAGCAAGAUAUCAGGGGAGCCGGAGAAGGGAGAAGAGAGAAGAGAGAAGAGAGAAGAGUGUCCAAAGAGGUAGAGGUGAAGAAGAUUUUUGCGUAAAAAUCCCUCCUUUUUCUGAUUUCUUGAAGGAUUCCAAGGAGAUCGAUUUAAUACCUCGGAGGGAUCGGUUUUCUGGGCUUUCCUGGUGAAAAUCCGUUAAAAAACGGCGGAGAUCUAUUAACGAGAUCGGUUCCCGGUGGAGAGAGUGCUAGGAGGAUGGGAAGAAGCGGGAAGAGGUGAUCUGAUUGGAUGAAAGAGAUCGAAGGGGGAGAUGGAGAGGAAUCGGGAAGCGAGGAGAGGAACCAUGGCAGCUGUGAACGGUGGGUUGUCGAGGAGGAGGCAGAGGAGCAGCAGCUUGAGAGACUCCCCUGAGGAGGAUGGAGGGAUUGAGAUGGCCGAGACGACGAGGCUUCGGGAUCGAGGGAGCAAAAAGGAUCGAGAUCGGGAUAGAUCUAGCCGGAGCAAGAGGAGGAGAGGCGAGCGGAUGCUGCAGGGGAGCAACAGAGACGAAGGAGAUGACAGCUCUGAAGAGAGCGUCGAGGACGAGGAGGAGGACGAGGAGGACGACAUGUCCGUGGCGGUCCGGCUUCCGCCGCCGCCGCCGCCGCCGCCGAAUCCGGCCUCCUCCACGUCUUCCUUGCCUCAGAGCAACCACUAUCACAACCACCAGCAGCAGAACCGGAAGAGUUUCCCAACCAAGGUCGCGACGAGGUCUCCGCCUGCCUGGAAGGCCGACGAGAUGAUUGGGUUCUUGGUGCCGAGAAAAGCCCGGUCAGCAGCUACGAAAAGGUCACAUGAAUAUUGGGUUUCAGGUGGCUCUGGAAGUGGAGAGCAGAUUCCACGGCAAGCUUCGGCCUCUCCAUCGAGGCUCAGCCCUGCCUCCACCACCCAGAUCUCACCAUCCUCCAACGCCUCCGCUCGCAAGAAGCUGAAACCGAUUAGUGGACCGAAGCACCGGCCCCCCAAGGUCUCCAAGUCGCCGUCUUUGACUCAGGAGGAUAUCGAGAUCGAAGUCGCUGAGGUGUUGUAUGGGAUGACGAGGCAAUUCCAAUGCCCACCGAAGCAGGAGACCUCCAAGAUUGAUUCCAAGGACACAAAUGGUGGGUCGGGCAAUGAAGCCAAAUCCAGAGUUUCCUCUCCGAGCUCGAUCUCCCCUGCUCCUCCAGCAUCUCAACCAUCUGUUCUUCCGCCCUCCAAUUCUAACUCUAACCCCAAUUCCUUGCCCGCUGCUGCUCCAAAGAAGAAGAAGCCAAGGCCUGUGAAGUUUGAGGAGGAAAACCCCUCGAGUCCGGCGGGCCCACUCGCACCAGUGACUUCUAAGAUGGAGCCGGAGCACCAGAUGAAGGCAGGCGCUUCGUCUCCCAGAUCAGAUAAGAGCACCGCAUCUCCAAUCACCAAAAACGGUGGUGGUUCAAUUGAUGUCGCUGCCCCUUCGGUUGCAGCAGCCCCCUUGGAUGUACAACAGGAAUCAGCAAGGGUUGAAAAUAAUCCAGUUCCUGAUUCGAAGCUUUUGAAGGGUGAACCAGAUAGCCAGAAUCGGAUGGAGAGCCAGAAAGAACCUAAUCCCCCCGCGAAGGAAACUACCUGUGCUGAUUUGGAUGUCAAUCGUAGUGAAGAAACUAAAGCCAAAGCAAAGACGGCUCCAACAAUUGAUAGCCGUCGGGAAGAGAGAUUCUGCAUCGAUCUAAUGGCUCCCCCCCCCGGGAAGUUAUCUCCAGAAAGGGACAGCUUGGGCGAAUUCAAUGUAGAUCAUAGGUCUCAGGGUCCACAGAUUGAAUUGGAGUUGAAAGUGAACAUGGAGAAGAAAGAAGAAAAGGCAACGGAGAAAGUAGCAAAAGUAGACGAAAUGGUUCUGGAGGAUAGGAAGGUUGACAAGUCCACGCAGGAGGAAUUCGAUUUAAAGAAGCAGAUGGUGAAGGAGAGGACUGUUGACCUGCAGAUUGAUCUGGAGAAGCCGGAUAAGGACAUCCUCAGCAGCAGCAAACUCCAACUGCAGAAGCAGCAAGAAAGGUCACCCAAGGUCGAGCCUAAACAUGAGAAGCCUGCUCCAUCGGCAUCACCCCCUGCUAUGCCAAUGACAAUUGCAGGGUGGCCAGGAAGCCUUCCUCCUUUUGGGUACAUGGGUCAAGUUCCAUCUCUGCACGCGGUCGUUCCCAUGGAUGGGGCUUCAGGAGCUUCCAAUAGCUUACAGCCUCCCACCUUCCUCUCGCCGCAGCCUCGCCCAAAGCGCUGUGCAACACACUGCUAUAUCGCACAGAAUAUAUCUUACCACCAGAAAAUUUCAAGGAUGAAUCCUUUCUGGCCUGCAGCAGCUGGCGCUACACCCCUGUAUGGAGCCAAGGCAUACAAUCUCAGUGUCGUGCCUCCUUCAGAUGGGAGGACCAUGGCCUCCUUUCAAGAUAACAAGGGGGCACCAAUAGUAGCAGCAUUUACAGGACCACCCUCCCACGAGAGGAUGCCUGCAGCAAAUAAUGCCACCACCGAAGCUGCCCAAAAGAAGCAGCUAGUCCUCCAGCAGAUGCCCCAGUCUGGAUCAGCAGCCAAUAUGCUGCAUGGCCCCACAUUUAUUUUCCCUCUCAACCAGCAGCAAGCAGCCGCUGCCGCCCGACCUGGAGCGUCAAAAUCUUCUCCAGGGGCUGGCGGUGGGGGAGGAUCUUCUGGUGCCGCUGCUUCUGCAGUAGCGACCAAUGGAACUGGUGGUGGAUCAGCAGCUACGAUGAACUUAAGCUUUAAUGGCCUCCCCUCAAACGAGGCUCCAUAUCUGGCGAUACUACAGAACGGUGCAUACCCAUUUCCUAUCCCUGCACAUGUCGCCGGACCUCCAACCUUCAGAGGAGCAAACAGUGCCCAGGCAAUGCCUUUCUUCAAUGGGCCUUUCUACGCUUCUCAGAUGCUUCACCCAUCGCAGCUUCAACAGCAGCAGCUGCUGGGACCACAGCAACCUCCCCACACCACCCAACCAGGCCACCAGCACACAAGCACAUCUAGUGGAUCCUCAUCCUCCCAGAAGCACCCACAGCCACUGCAGGCUCCGGGCGGUGGGACCACUGGUGCUGGUGGAAGCACUAAUGGGUUUCCAGCAAUAAACCAGCGGCAGCACUUGCUGCCCCACCACGCUAGGCAGCAGGAGGGCAAUAAGCCUUCGGAAGAGAGCCCAUCAACCACAGAUGGAAGGAAUUCUCAAGCUCAGAAGAAUGUCUAUGCGCACAACUUUGCCGUGCCGAUUUAUCCUCAGAAUUUUGCCUUGAUGCCUGCAACUGCCACGGCAGCAGCAUUGGGCAGCGGUGGGGGCCACAGUGAUAAGCAGCUUAUGCAGCAGCAGCAGCAGCAACCUCAGCAGAACCACGGUAUGAAAGUGGAAUUCACAUCCUCACAAGCUUUUGCUAUGCCGUUUGCCUCCUUCGGCGGGGUCGCUGCUGCUCCAUCAGGCCUUGAUUUCUCUUCCAUGGCACAAAACCAAGCUAUCUUUCAGGCCCUACCUGAAGCCGCUAGACAUGGAUACAACCAGAUCGCUACAGCAGCAGCGGCUGCGGCUGCGGCUGCGGCUGCAGCUGCGGCUGCCCAAGAAGCACAACAGAAGAAGACCCACCCCGAGGAUGGGAAGUCUGGAGGUGGAGAAUCAAUGGGUCCAAAUGCUGUUGGUCAGGACGAAAGGAGGAUGAUCACUGGCAGCAAAGGUCCAGGUACUGGGUUACAACAUUCCUUUAGCUUCUCUAAACCAGAUGGUGGACCUCCCUUCUCUUCCAUGCUUGGCAACAAUGUCAUAGACAGCUCAUCUCGGACUGUCGGUCUCAUUCCGGCUCCAGCAAAUCGUUCUUCUGGAACUGCUUCCACAACCACUUCAGCUGCUGCAGUGCCAAUAAUUAACAUUCCCAAUUCUCAGCAGCUGCAGCAGCUGCAGCAGCAGCAGCAGCAGCAGCAGUUUCUUCAAGUUCAUAAGCAGCACCAGCAGCAGCUUGCAUCAUCCCGCACCAAGUCCUCUGGCUCAAGCAAUAAUGCCAGUGUUGGCUCUGAGCGUCUUCCUGCAGGCUCUACUGCAACCAAGUUUCCUCAAUCCUUGGCUGGCUUUCCUCAAUCUCUCAUCCAAGGUGGCAUCUCCUCCCAGUCACCCCAGUGGAAGGCCUCUACUACUAGAGCGGCAACAACUGCCCCGGUCCAAUCCUCUGUUCCAACAGUGGUGAAGAACAAUCCUCCCCUCCAGCAGCAAGGCAGAGCACCUCAACAAUCUUGUCCUGCUCAAAGCCACCAAACUCAGAUUACUUUCGGUGGGAAUUCAGUGAAAGCAGUGCCUGCUGGGGGGACGAGCAACCCAUCAUCCUCUUCUGCUUCUGCCAUUACCAUUGGUUCUCCCCCAAAUUCAGUGUCCAAGAGUGGUAAUGGAAGCCCACCGGCUUCUGCUAGUGUGAAACCCAGUUUGUCGUCCGCCACGUUGCCGCUGCCUCAACAAUCAUCUGUCAAGGGUUCUGCAUCGAGUUCAGGCCAGAAGUCUUCUCGUGUUCACAAUCGAAAUGUACCCUCAAUACUUGGCCACCCGCAAAUUGAUCCUGGCCCCAAUUCGAGCACGAAACCACAACAGCAGGAAGCUCAGCAAGUACAGAAGCAGCAGCAACCAUACUCUCAAGCUCAAUUCUUCUUCCCGAGUGCUUACAUGCAAACCCAGUCUCAUCAGUCCAGUCCUUAUCAAAGACGCCCAUCUGAGCAACCACCAUCUCAGCAAGCGCAGCAGCAAUCAAACUCGACUCCAGGCUCUUCUGGGAUGAUGGCCCUUGGUUCCUCUGCUGUAACAUUAGCAGGUGCCUCCCCCAUGACCGAUCCUGUAAAGGCUGUUGCAGCUGCUGCUGUUGCUGCAGCAGCUGCUGCCAAUGGCAUGAAAGUGAUGCCUCCACCAGGCUUUCUUCAUCCUGCUCAUCUUGCUGUGGCUGCCCAGUCUGCCUCCGGCGCUCCCCACCCUCUUAUGCCUGCCUCAUUUCCUUACAUGUCUGUGCCGGCCGGGCCCCUGAAGCCUGCAUCCGAUCGGAAGCCUGCAGCCGGAAAUGACAAUUUGCAUGCGUGCUGGCAGCCUGAGAAGAGAUGAUGAGAAGAUGGCGAUUGCUGCCACUGAAUGGACUGCUGAUGCUCGGAGGCGCACCAGCGGAGUUCAUCCAUUCUUGUUUCUCCCAAGGGUGCCAGUGAUGUGAGAGGACCUGGGUGGCAUGCCUACGGUUUUGGAAAGAAGGCUGUCCCCUUCUACCCUUUCCUGCCCCCUCUUCAUCUUUUGCUAUUUUUGCUGCUUGGUGAAGUGCUUCGAAGAGAAGGAUGCAGGAGGAGAGCACUAAAGCAAAGGAUUGGUGGUCGGCCACCAUUGGCUGAAAAAGAUGGGCCAGCUUUACCUUUUCUUUUUUGAAACUCGGGUAAUGGCUUUGAUUCCCCCCUCUGUUUUCUUACUCUAGAACUAGGGAGAGGUAGGGACAGAGUGGGCAGUGAACAGUUUGGAGAAGAAAGAAAUCGGAUUCGCAGAUGUGUAUUAGAUUUCCUACUGUCUCAGUUUUUCCUUGUGCGGCGGUCAAAAUGCCCACCACCACUCCCUCUUAUCUCUAUUUUCUUUUUCUUUUUUUUUUUGUUUAAAGAAGAAAUAGUGAAGAUGAUUAAUUUAGUUUCUUCCAGCUCCCUUAUCUUAAUGUUUC